UAUCUCUUCCUCAGGGAUAUACAGGAGGUAAGAUCUGAGCAUGACCUCUCUCUGCAUGAUGAUCCUGCAGAAGAAGAUGACGCCAAACCCAAAACAAAGGCAUUUGCGCCACCUAUAGCUGUGCCGAAGAUACCAGAGGGAGGAGACAAAGUCGACUUUGAUGACAUCCACAGGAAGCGUCAGGAAAAGGAUCUGACGGAGCUGCAGUCUCUGAUCCAGGCCCACUUCAUUCAGAGGAAGAACGACGAGGCGGAGCUCGUCACUCUCGUUAACAGGAUCGAGAAGCGUCGUACCGAGAGGGCUGAACAGCAGAGGGUCCGUGCUGAGCUGGAGAAGGAGAGAAUGGCUCAUGUUGCUGAAGAAAAGGAGAGAAAGGAGCUGGAGGAUGCACGUAAGAAGCAGGAUGACGAAUUCAAGAAGAAGAAGGCUCUGACAAACAUGACUCAUCAGUAUGGUGGUGUCCAACAGAGGCAAGAAGGAAAGAAGGGCGCGAAAAAGCAGACAGAGAGAGAGAAGAAAAAGAAGAUCUUGGCAGAGAGGAGGAAGCCUCUCAACAUCGACCAUCUCACUGAGGACAAAGUCAAGGAGAAGGCCAAUGAGAUGUGGCAGUGUCUGAUGACGCUGGAGGCUGAGAAGUUUGACCUCGGCGAGAAACUGAAGAAACAAAAAUAUGAGAUCAAUGUACUCCAGUCCCGAAUCAAUGAGCAGCAGAAGUUGUGA